CUAAUCUAUUCUUCUACAAUAUACGAUAUGUACUGGAGAUUUAAAUCAAGUGUUAUAAACAUAGACAUAUAUGACAUUUAAUCAAAUAUUACGUGUCGUAUGUUUUCGUCACAUUUGUUUUACUGUGUGGUGUACUGAAACGAAACUGCGACAAUAAAACAGACAGAAGGGUGUUCAAGAGCAAUAAAUACAUUUCAUAAAGUGCUUGUUCUUUCAAGAGUAACAACGUAUUAAGGGAUUAGAGCGUGUGAGACAAACAUUCUAGAAAGUGAGACAACGAAAAGACAUGCCUGUACAAGCAGAAACGUGUACAACUGGAAAACCAGAAAGAAGAGUCUGUCCCGAUUACAUCACAUACAGAAUGAUGUCGUUGAUGCUGAUUGUAAUUGUUUUGAAAGCAAUUCACGUUGUUGACACGACUGAGGUACAUAUUGACGUGAAAGGGGAUAUACAAAAAGGCAACAACAUCACUCUGGAGUGUUCAACCAACGCCACAGAUCUUACAUUCUCGUUCGAAAACACGGUUGGCGAAAAAAAAGAUGUAAACGUUGCUGAAUGUGUUUUCAAUACUCCUCACUUUUUUUUCAUAAGUGAAACAUACUUGGCAAUGUACAAUAUUCAUAUGACCGAAAAAGGGUGCAUUUUAACAAUAAUCAAUUUGUCAACAAAGCAAUAUGGAGUGUACACGUGUUUUGAGACGUAUCCACCAAAAAACAAAGCGAGUGUACGUGUUGAAGAACAGAACAGAACAGCACAAGACACGAUCACCUUCGCCAGGGACGACACUGUCAUCGCAGAUACAAGAAUAGUUAUUGGAGUCGUAGUAGGCAUCAUCAUCGUCAUCAUUAUCGUCGUCAGCAUACUUAUAUAUCGGAGGAGGCAAACCACUAAAAGAGUUUCCGAACCUCAUCCUGUUCCUAUUUCUCCACAAGACGUUUCUAAUGACAUCGCUGAAAACACUCAACCUUCCAUGGAGAAAAUCGAUGAAACACAAGAUCACAAUGGACGUGACGAUAACUCGACAGCGAUGAGCCUUAUUGGUAUAACGAUCACAGACCAAGAAACGACUGCGCAGAAUACAAGCGACAUAGAUGAGCAACAGAAAACACCGUUAUUGAAAGACGCAUCAGGAAAGGUCAACGAGAUUGGCCCGAUAAACACACCAGUGGAAAUUCAUUCCGACAGUAUGGCCGAUGAAAAGCCCGACACUGAUUUUGAACACCUUUCGGCAGCUAGCAUGUUGAGCGUGCAAAAAAUUGACGGGGAUGAAGAUGUCGUCGAUAUUAACAGCACAGGCCAACAUCAGCUUGAUGAAAGUAAUCUGACAAGAGAAAGUCAUUCUAGUGAUGAUUCUUAUUAUGGAAAGGAAUACAACCAGCAGGCCGUUUGUUCUCCGGGUACAAAAAGUCUUUAUCGGGGUAGACAAACACUUCACAUACCACAACAGAACAGAAUACCAAGCACGAACAGGCGCAAUAAAUAAAGCCGGUUGUACGAAAAACUUUUAAUCCAAGACUUUUUUGAUGUAAAGUGACCAGAGUGUGUAUUGUCUUAGCAUCCUCUUUAACUGUGUUCCUAGUAAACAGCAAUCUCCCAAACGUGAUGUCCAAUCCGUUUGCUGUGUUAUUUUUUUAUUUGGUAGAUAAUUGCAAGUAUAAGACAAUACCUCGCUGAAAAUUAUUAAUUUGUUAGUAUGGAUGUUUGGCAUGCAGUCUUUGUUAUAUAUACAGUGCUCCAGAUAACAUGCGUAAAGGCGUAAAAACGAAUUAAUUUUCUUAAAUAACGAUUUAGAUUUAAAAUCUUUGCGUAAAGUUACGCGUUGAAAAAAUAAAACACGAAUUUGAAAUUUUCGAACAUGCGUAAAAGUUCCAGUAGCAAAUUAUAUACGGUAAACAUUUCAUCCCAAUUCUGACUCGUUGAGGCGCUCAAUAAAAACUUAAAGUCAACGUCACUCAAGCGUUUGCUGUGAGGAAAAGAGCCACACCUAAGAAUAGUCGAAUGGCAAAACGGUCUGUUCUCCUAAUAUUGCAGGCGAGUCAUUACUGCUAUUGUACCUUUUUAAUUACACUUAUUGUAAUUUUUAUACACAAGUAAUAUACUGUAUACCUAUUCAAAAUGUCAUUAAAAUUAAAUGUUAAAUAUAGUUUUUGAUAUGACUUUAACGGCGACCAAUAGGCCAUUAUGACCUAAGCCGAAGUGUCAGUAAGCGUUUUACAUAAAAAAUCAAAAUGGCCGACCGAAGCGGUGUAUCGAAGCGGGGAAGGCAAAAAAAGCCAUUUCAGUGUCAAAAAUCCACGCUGCAUACAUUCUUUCAAUUAGAUUCUCAUGAACCAAAUACCCAAAGCAUGGUUUCGUCAAUAAUUGACACGGAGUGUAUAUUGAUCUAGAGACCGUGUAAUCUAGAGUCCGUGAUAAUUGAUGAAUGUAUAAUCUCUUGCGUAAAUGACUGAAUCUAAAGCAGUUAAAAAACAAAAGGAAAGCCAGGCUUUUCCAAGACUAUAAACCAAAAUUUUAAAUUAUUGAUGUGUCAAAAACCAUGAAUGCACAAUUAUUUGGUAAUAUAUUUUUGAAGAAUCAUUACUUUUAUAAAUAGGGCGUAAAAUAAGAAUUGAUUUUUAAAAUAGGGAGUAAAUAAGAAAUUAACCAAAUUUUUAUCUGGAGCUCUGUAUAUAUAUAAUGAUAUUGUGUAGAUGUUAACUUUAAAUGUAUUUUAUGUUGACGGUAUAAGCGGCGAUUCAUGAUAUAUUUUCAACGUAAGUGAAACACCGAUAUGAUAAGAUGUGAACGUUAUGGUAUGACAGUAAUACCAUACUUUUCAUAAGUUAGUUGUUUUGUGUAUGCUGUCGUUUUCUUUGAGUUUGUAUUAUGAUGUUACUGUCUCACAUGUUUGUUGUAAAUUAGGUGAGUAAGAUAAUACAGUUUUUUGUAUUAUUUAUUAAGUAUGUUAAGUUUUUUAUAUUGUUAAUGUAUAAUAGUGAUUCACACUUAUCUGUGUUUUUAUCUUGUGUGUAUACAUACUUAUUUUAAUUAAAUCUGCUCUGUG